AUGGUCGUUCUCCCGGAGAUCUACAGAUACCUGAACCGUCGUUACAAGAGAUACCGCGCACAGAAGGCUGGCACUCUAUACGAGGAAGAGGAAGACGUGAAUCUUCGUCGACUUCAGGAGACCAAGCUCGCCGAUGGAACCGACAUGGCUCACGCGACGCUCGAAGAGAUCGCCUUCUCGAAGAGGCAUGGCCUCGGCGGUGGGAUCGACUGGAAGAACUGGCGCAAGUACUUCACUCUCAGUCACUGGACGCUCCGCAAGAUCAUCAGCCUCUCUGUGACGACAAUCAUAAUCACUCUCCUGAUACUCGUCUUGGUUUUUCAGGACUCCGUUGUGAGAUGGGUCGAACCUAUCGGCGAGAAGUGGAAGAGCCUCCCGGGAGGGUGGUUGAUACCUAUCGCCAUUCUCGUCGUACAGUCAUUCCCGCCGAUUCUUGGGCAAGAGAUAGUUCACAUAGUAGUCGGGAUCCUGUACGGCAUAGGGCCGGGAUUUGGCAUCGUCGCGGCUGGCACUAUUCUGGGCGAGGUUGCCGAGUUCUUCGUUUUCCGUCUGUUCUGCGGGAAUCGUACCAACAAGCUGGAGAAGAGGAGCCUCCCGUGGGGCCUAUUGGCUCACAUCACUCGCGACGGUGGCUUCAUCAUGGUUCUCAUGUGUCGUUUAAGUGUCCUGCCGUCGUCUUAUACCACCAUCGUAUUUGCAUUGACCGGCGUCAACUUCUUCAAGUUCUUAGCCGCCCUCGUUCUAUCUCUUGUACUGCCGUUGGCCAACGUGUAUCUUGGAGUGCUGGCAAGAGAAGCCGCGGAGGGCCAAGCUCCCAGUGGAUCAAAUGUGGCAAGCGGAUUAACCAUUGCAGGCAGUAUCACCAUUAGCGUAGCCGCGAUGUUGUACAUCAGCCACAAGGCCAAUAAGGAGAAGCCCAAAUUCAUCCAACAACGCAGGAUCGAGAGAUUCGCCGCAGAAAGCCAGCUCGCUUUGCUCAGUGUUUCAUAG